AUGAAUCACGACCUCAAGCGAGCGGAGGCAGGCGAUGCCUCCUCUUCAGACGACGCCGCACCUCCAUAUGUACCCAACGAUAUCAAGCUCACGGGCAAGACCAGUCCUGGUGUGAAGCGUAUCGAGGCCAUAUCCAAGCACAUCACCUUUGCGGACCGCGUCUUCCUCUUCAUCACCAUCUUCAUCCUGGCCUACGCUUACACCCUCGACAACACUCUGAGAUACACCUUCCAGACCUACGCGGUUGCUAGCUAUGAUCGACAUUCCCUGCUUGCUACAGUCGCUGUCAUCAGAAGCGUYGCAGCAGCGGCUGGCCAGCCUACCGCUGCCAAAAUCGCCGAUGUGUUUGGUCGUCUUGAGCUCCUGGUUGUGACUGUCGUUUUCUACCUUGCGGGCACACUUUGCGAGACCUUCUCUCAAAAUGUCGAGACAUUCGCAGCUGGUGCUGUCCUCUUCCAGAUCGGAUGGACUCUCAUGACGCUCCUAAUUGAGAUUAUCAUUGCCGAUACGACGUCACUGCGCUCUCGUUUGUUCUUCUCGUUCGUUCCGAAUGCGCCCUACUUGAUCAACUCUUGGAUCUCCGGAAACAUUGCAGCACACAUCGUAGAUCCAGUAAGUGACCCUUCUGGUAUGGGUGCUGGUCAUAGCAUUGGUUGGCGAUGGGGUAUCGGCAUGUGGGCAAUCAUCGUUCCAGUCUUGACCAUGCCUUUACUGGCCGCUCUCUUCAUGGCGCAUCGCCGAGCGAAGAAACACGAAGACCUGUCCAAUUACCGCACUCCAUACCAGAUGCUCGGUCCCUUCAAGCUCAUGGUUGCACUUUUCUGGCAACUCGACGUUAUCAGCAUCAUUUUGAUCAUCGCGGCACUGGGCUGUCUUCUGGUGCCGUUCACGCUCACCAACUCAUAUUCCCAAGGCUGGGGUCAGGUACACAUCUACGUGCCACUGAUCAUUGGAUUCCUGCUCUUCCCGGUCUUCUUUUUCUGGCAGACCAUUUCACCGCACCCAAUGCUGCCUUUUGCACUUGUCAAAGAUCGUGCUGUAUGGGGACCUCUUUGCCUUGCACUGUUCAUCAACUUCUCCUGGUACAUGCAGGGCGACUACCUCUACGCAAUCUCCAUUGUCGCGUUCAACCAAUCAGUCACAUCUGCCCAGCGAAUUGGAACCCUGUUCAACUUCUGCUCCACUCUGACUGGAAUGAUUGCUGGACUGGUCGUGUUCAAAGUCCGUCGACUCAAGCCAUUCAUAUUCGUCGGCUCGAUUCUCUACUUGGUUGCCUUCGGGCUGCUGAUCAAUUUCCGUGGUGGUGCUGGAAUCUCAAACAAGUCUGGACUCAUUGGCGCUCAAGUCCUGCUUGGUAUUGGAGGUGGCUUGUUCCCCUACCCUGCACUGGCCAGCAUCCAGGCCGCGACCAGACACGAACACGUCGCUACUGUCACUGCACUUUACCUCGCACUCUACAACGUCGGUGGCUCCUUUGGUGCUGCAGCGUCUGGUGCCAUUUGGACCAAUACGCUUCAGAAGUCACUGAACAACGCUCUCGCCCCAGUCACGAACAAUGCCACCGCGAUCGCCGCGGCAAUGUACGGAGACCCAUACAGCACCAUCCUCUUCUACCCAGUCGGUACUCCGGAGCGUGACGCGAUCAUCGACGGCUACCGCCACUCUCAGCGCCUGCUCACCAUCACUGGUAUCUGUCUUUGUGUGCCAAUCGUCUUCUUCGGCUUGUGCUGUCGCAACCCGAGAUUGCCUGACACCCAGAGCAUUGCUACGGCCGAGGUCUCUCGGGAGGACCUGGUUGCGGAUGACCAUGGCAAUGUCAUUGUUGCCGAGAACGCAGUACCUGUGAAAAGGAGCUUCGGACAGAGAGUUGUCGACUUUCUUAUCAAAUAG